CCGACCGCGGCAAGUAUACCUUCUCUUUUCUCCGUCUCUCUCGGCUCCUUCUUCCGACUUCCGACAGGGCCGACGCCUUGUCUACUCUUCUCUCUUUCUCUCCGUCCCGCGAGUGGCAGUCGCGCUAUGCGCGGUCGAGCCGAGUGAUUCGCGAUUCGCGGCCCGCGGGUGUCGGACAGUGUCGCCGAGCGCGGUUGCCAGUUGUGCGGUGGUAGCCGGGCCGCGCCGGGGGCAAGAGGCAACGUCGCUCCAGCGCCAUGAGGCUCCGCGAGGAGGAGCCGAGGAUCGCGUCGGCCUAGAACGUUCCGUCGAGGAGUCGGCACCCCCGGCGGAUGUCGCUGCUAAGGGUCGAGGAGGGCCCUCGACUCGCCCCCGGGUGGAUGACACCGUCGCCGCCGUGAAGUCGACUCUCUUACCCACCUCUUCCUCUUCCGCGACUCAGGAAUCACGGCGAGGUAUCCUCGACGUCGAUGAUGCCGCGGCCCUCGAGAGACACGUAUGGCGACCAGAAACCACCCUACUCGUACAUCUCCUUGACCGCCAUGGCCAUAUGGUCCUCCAGGGACAAGAUGCUGCCCCUCGCGGAGAUCUACAAAUUCAUCGCCGACAGGUUCCCCUAUUACCGGAAGGACACCAGGAGGUGGCAGAAUUCCCUCAGGCACAACCUCUCGUUCAACGACUGCUUCAUUAAGGUUCCCCGCGGACCGCACCGGCCGGGCAAGGGGGCGUACUGGGCGCUGCACCCGGCGGCGCUCUCCAUGUUCGAGAACGGCUCGCUGCUGCGUCGUCGGAAGCGCUUCAAGUUGCACAAGCCGGACAAGGAGUUGCUGAAGUCGGAGCUGCAGGCGUUGGCGUCGGCGAUGCCGCCCCCGCACCCGGAGCCCGCCGGCGGGGCGAGCGGGACGAGCGGCGGGCUGAACGCGGCGAGCCUGCACCGACUCCAGGAGGACCUGCUCAGGUGGGAGAUGCAAGAGAGGCGGAUGGUCGUGGCGGCGACCUCGGCGGCCAGCUCGGCCAACGGCUACGGGUUCGACGGCAGCGCCGCCGACGCCGCCGCCGGGUACUACCUGCUGUCGCCGGAGGCCCGCCAGCGACUGGGCGGGCCGGAGGUGGCGGAGGUCACCAGGUCGUACGAGGCGACCCUGCUGCAGACCGGCUCCUGGAACUUCUCGCCCUUCGGGGCUUCCGGCUACCUGCCGCAGCUGCCGGCGUACCUGCAGCCCUCGGCCAGGCAGUCGUCCUUGCGGCUGGACAUCCCGGAGGGGGGCGGCGGUGGAAGGACCUGCCCGGCCGCCGCCCUGGGGCCCGGCAAGGAGGCCGACCGAUUCCAAGACAGGGGCUACGAGGUGGGAUUCCGCGACCGACACGCGGAAGAGGACUCGACCUCCCCCUCGUCCUCGGCCAGGAUGGACCUCUACCGAGCGGGCACCUCGCCGGACUCCCUGGGCUCCGAGUCCAAGGGCUACUCUCGGCGAGACGGGCUCUUCGGAGCCGAGGUAUCGCCCGUCUCCAGCGGCGGCGACUGUCCCGACCAGGGGCCCGAUCGCAGGACCAACCCCCAGGUGUCGCCCGUCGUGAACGGCGGCCAGGGCACAAUGGCCGUCACUCCUCUCUCCGCGGUACCCACCUCGCCCAUGACCGGCGCCACCACCCUCUCCGAGAACCCGGAGGUCGUUCCUGCCAGCCUCGCGCGGAUCGGCAGAAAGAUGAAAAAGCCCUUCACCAUCGAGAACAUCAUCGCGCCGGACGAGGAGGAGGGCGCCAAGAUGUCCAACGCCCUGGGACGCAGGUCCAUGCUCCUGAUGCCUAGGCCACUCUAUGCCGGGUAUCCCCUGUCCGUCGUCACCGCGGAGAUACAGAGGACUCCUUAUGGCUCCGCCAGUCGGGAAUUAGCUCUGUAGAGGUUCCACUCGGAUUUCAAACGGAAUCCCGAGAACUUGGAAUUCGGUCCAGGAUGACCUCCUAGGGUACCCAAUGAUGGCUGUGACGCCUGCGAGUCGCCCUGGCCGGUCUUCGCGCUUUCGACGACGUGCACCGGCGAUAGAACGAUGGAAACGUUGGAGGGUGCUUCACGGUGCUCCUGGGGGUGGGGUACUCCCGAAGACGGUAUCCUUGGAGCGGGGGCGAUGUAGAGACGUUGCGGGUCUUCGUUGCUUGGAUAGUUUGGACUCCAUGGCAAUCCGGGAUUGUAUGUGGAAAAUGUGCGUUAUGGAAGUGGGGGUGGUAGUUAAGCUGGCGUACAUGGACUUUUCUCCUCCAGGUGGAAGUCGGUCCCAGUGGCCGUGGCUCGGUUAAGAUCACUAUAGGCAGAAUCAAGAGGAAUUAUUUAGACGAAUCGAGGAAUCGCGACGAAUGACUCCUGCCGGUUGUAAGGGGAACAUUGACCACUGAUCGUGUACAGGAUGGACAUGGCUGUCCAACUAUGGAAUCGGGACGUUGAGAUACUUCCGCGUUGCCACGUCUCAAAAAUCCAUCCCCAGUGUAAUACCACGUCCUGAAUCUGGCGUUUUUUUUUUUUUAAUUCGGCAACGCCAAAGUAUCUCAAUUCCCUCUUGGCACUCGUCUCCGUCCCGCGAGAAAUCUUGGAAUUCGUUGCGACGUAAUUAAUUCCAGGCUACGACUCGUGUCCACGGAUUUAGGGAAACAUCCCGGUGUAAUUGUGAUCGCGCUAGAAAGUUACUUGCGGCUCGUCGGGGCGCAGAUAAAAUGAAUUAACUUCCGAUACGAAGCGAGGCAGGUGUCGGACUCGCCGGGUAGCGAUAAGCCGGCGUACUUGUAAGGGUCGGAUAUACUCCGGGAAAAAUGCGAGGCAAUUGUCGGGCGGAGAAGUCAUCGGUACCGUAAACCCUGUACUCACUUUUACUCGGCCGUAAAGUGUCGGUUCUCCGCUGCCGGCUGGGUGCCGGCAGAAAGGAUUAUCCGAAAAAGUAGCGGCUCUCGUUUAUCGACUCCACCGGGCAGUCGAAUCGAGCGAAUCGGUCGAUUUAUAUCCGAGGACGUUAAAUCGGUAAACGGGCCCGGUACUUUUUCACGAUCGUUGCGAAGUUCACGAAGGAGGAACGAGUGUUUCUUCGUCGGAGCUGCGUCCGUGUACUUUCCUCCUCUUCUUAUUCUUUUGUUUGUUCGUCUUGUUCCCUCGCUUGGUGAAAACUAGCGUUGUUUUAAGGUCGACAAUGACGUUGCGUUGCGUCGUUUCAAGCAACAGAUCUGUACACUUUGAGGCGAGGUCCAAGGGGCGCGACGUCGACUGUUGUAUGAGGAUUUUAACUCGGACAUUACGUAGCGAUGGUAGGAAACAAUAGGUAGACCCGACGAGGGAGUUGUCGGUAACUGAUGACACUCGUGUAAAGACUUAAAACUUAAGUCUUAAGGAAAGUUCGUACUACCGUCGACCUCCUGGCGAACGAGGACCCUCGGGCGGCCGGAUUAGUUCAAAAGUAUUCGUAGCGGUAAGUCUAACGCCUGGAUAAAUAAAUUAUUGUAUAUAAAGUGCAAAUAUAACCACGGACUC